GGACACAUGGAACAAAGGAACAAUGUCACUGAGUUCGUGCUCCUGGGGCUCACUCAGAGCCUCCAGGGCCAGAAAAUAUUAUUUGCUGUGUUCUUAUUGAUCUACAUGGUGACAAUGGCAGGCAACCUACUCAUUAUGGUGACUGUGGUGCUCAGCCCAGCCUUGGACUCUCCAAUGUACUUCUUUCUUGGCUACUUAUCAUUUAUGGAUCUUGGUUAUUCUAGUGCAUCUACUCCAAAUUUGCUGAUAGACCUACUCCAUGUCAAGAAAACCAUUUCUUUCAAAGCAUGUAUGACUCAACUGUUUUUAGAACACAUAUUUGGUGGUUCUGAUGUUUUCCUCCUGGUAGUGAUGGCCUAUGACCGCUAUGUGGCCAUCUGUAAACCCCUUCAUUAUCUGACCAUCAUGAACCGACGGGUGUGUGUUCAAUUGCUGGUUUUGGCCUGGGUUGGGGGUUUUGUGCACGCUCUGUUGCAUAUUCUGUUUGUUUAUAAUCUACCCUUCUGUGGCCCCAAUGUCAUCGACCACUUCAUCUGUGACAUGUACCCCUUACUGAAACUCGCCUGCAUGGACACCUACUUUAUUGGCCUCACAGUGGUGGCCAAUGAUGGGGCGAUCUGCGUGGUCAUCCUUACUCUCCUGUUCAUGUCCUAUGGAGUCAUUCUGUACUCCCUGAGGAACCUGAGUUGGACGGGGAGGCGCAAGGUCUUAUCCACCUGUUCCUCCCACAUCACUGUGGUGGUCCUCUUCUUUGUUCCUUGCAUUGCUCUCUUUGUGAGACCUCCCUCUACCUUGCCCACUGAUAAGUAUUUAGUUGUGUUUUAUGCUGUAAUCACUCCGAUGCUGAACCCCCUCAUCUAUACUCUGAGAAACACAGAAAUGAAAAAUGCCAUGAAGAAGCUCUGGACUAGAAAAUAA